AUGGAGGAAUUGGAAUCUAAGUAAUCACUAGACAAUUUAGCAAAUUUCUUUACCAAAUAGCCUUAAAUUCAGAAACUGCUUUCAGAAUCAAGAGAUUUUGCUGACUUCAAAGCUUAGAAAGUUAGAGAACUAGAUGAUGAUACCAGAUAUUUGAAGAUUUAACAAUUAGAGAGUGAAAAUUAGCAAUUAAAACAGAUUGUAUAAGAGAUGCGUAAAGAGAUAGAACAGAUAAGGGACAGAACAAUGAAUCAAAAUGCUCAUGCCUAGUCAAUAUUUGAACUGAGAAGAGAAGUAUAUAAACUCUAAGCAGAUAAAAAGAGUCUUGAAUUAGAGAAGGAAUUUCUAGAAAAUAAUCAUAAUCAGUUUAAAGAUAACUCAAAUAUACUGAAAGAACUGAAUGACAAAGAAAGUGAACUUUACGAGGCUAAAAUCAAAUUAAUAUAAAAAGAUAAUGAAGUAAUGGGUCUCAAUUAAAGACUUAACACACUUGAUAGAUAGGUAAUAUAGUACAGGACUGAGAGAGACAAAUUACUAGAAAUUUCAAAUGAACUCAGAGCAUAGAUUUCAAGAUUUGAGAGAGAAUAAGAAAAUCAAAGAACAAAUGCUCUCAUUAUGAGAAAUCAACCUAUGUAGAGCAAUAGCAAUCCUUUUCAGCAAACUUAGAGUGAUGACUUGCAAGAGAGCAAGCUAGAUAAACUGAGACUUGAAGUUGAAUAAAUGAGAAAUAUGGUAAACUAAUUUAAGAUAGAGAACAAAGAUCCAAACACCACUGACUAAUUUGGAGAAAGACCAGAACUUUUUUAGAAAAAGGAUCAUUAUAAAGUAGAUGUGGAAAAGUUGAGAAGUCCUCUUCAUUAAAAAAGCAUAUCCUCUACAAAUUAAUUCUAGAAUUAAUAAGAUCAUUCGCAAUUCAACUAGAGAGUAUCUUUUAAUGCGAUGGUGUCCAAUAAAACAUCAAGAGAUCAAAGCAGAGAGAAAGAGUAUGAUAUUAGAAAUUCAAUAAAAAUGUUUGAGAGAUUAUCUGUGGAUUAACAAAUACAAAGACAACAGCUGCUGUUUGAAAAAGAAAUUGAUAAUUAACUCAAUCAACUUCAUGAAGAAGAAAAUUAGAGUAUGGCAAGUAGUUAGCCUUAAAAGCAAACAAAGCGUGAAAAGUCUAAGAGGAGGCUAUAAGAACUCAAGUAAACUUACAACUCAUCAUAACUUGAGGAAAUGUUUCCUGUUAGAGACUCUAUUAACUUUUGA